AUGCCUGUUUGUUAUCCAUAUGAUCGUUAUUUAACACAUCCAUGUCCUGAAUUACCAACAACUGCUAGUGCUAUUAGAAAUAAUUCUCGAAACGACACUGUUCAACAAUUUCAACAACAUAAUCACUUAUUUACAGCGCCUGUUGCACUUGUAUCAAAACAUAUGAAAUCAACAAAUGAUGUAUGGUUAUUUCUCAUUGGAUAUUUUAUUUCAUUUUUGCUACCUAUGCUCACAUUUAUUGUAUUUAUAUUACCAUCAGAAUCUUACAAAGAACAACUUCGUAAAACUAUUACAGCUUAUCGACGUAAAAUAUGA